AGGUGAUUUUGUGCAUCUCAGUGGUUCUCUUUAGUGACGAAUGAUGGAGGGUUUGGUUCUGGUAGCCUCUGUGAUUGCGGCAUUGAUUGCAACUAGUGAAGGACACCCAACAUGGGCUCAGGACAAAGCAAAGUUGUGCGAAACGAUGAUUCCAGCUCACGGGGCGACUGCUCAGCCAAACUCCACUUUUGCUGAUUUUUUCUCCUUGAAUGCAUCUGCCGUUGCAGAGGAUGGUGGCUACUAUCACGUUCAAUUGGAUGCUCUGGACAAGGACGUCGGCAUUCUUGGAUACUUGAUCGAGGCUAGGGAUGCUUGCACUGGAGAAAUCCUCCGCGGUAACUGGAACACUGCCCAAGCAGACCAGAUUCUCAGCUGCAACGCUAAAAAUGGAGUGAAUGCAGUGCAUCAUCGUCCACGCAAAGCCCCGGCAGUCCCUCAGGUGAAGCACGCUUGGGUUCCUCUCAACAGUGUGACCUCUCUCAAUUUCAUUGUGUCUGUUGUGCACAAGAAGGACCUUUUCUGGGUGAAGCAGUCUAUCGAGGUGGUGCCGUGCAAGAACUAGGAAUUCCGCAUCGUGAUCGAAAGCCGGCAUUAACUGACUUGCGUGCUUAAAACGGAAAUUCAGUGGCUUUUAUUCUGUAUUUUACCUAUUUAUAUAUUCUACACGAGAGGACUUCACUCUGCGUUUUAAUAAAAUUGACCGUCUGCUGCAUACGAA